UGCAUAGAAAUAAACAUGCAUCAAUUAAAUUUUCUUAGGUGUUUACUAUGUGUAGUUGUCAACCAAGCAUUUAAUUCACAAGUUGAAUUUUCUUGCCAUAAAGUGUAUUAUUUUAGGGCAUUUUUAACUUAACUUUACCUUAAAGGACGGAAUGCUUUAGUGGGGCUUCAAUAUUGCUGCAAGGCCACUAUCAAUGAAGCAGGUCAAUUAAAGGAUCAACACAAAAUCAAUUAGUUUUGUACCAAUAUAUAAACAUCUUGUAUAGAAAAGUUGAACAAUUUACUUUCAGUUUCACAAUGGGUGUUUUCUACCAUGAGGAGGAGCAACCAAACCAUUCCAAGAGAUGCAAAUGCUUUGCAACUGCUCUGAAGGAGGUUUUCACACACUGUCAAACUUUUGGUCGAAGUCGAAGGCUUUCGACUACAAGCCUUGAAGAGGAGUUUCCAAUUAGUGAUCUUGAUGAAGAACAGGAAGUGAUUGUCUCGGUGGUUAGAAGUCGAGCUAUGGAGAAACAAAAGAACAAGCCAGGCCUACUGAGAGAGAGUUUUUCCUGGGUAUAUUCUCCUACAACAAGAGAAUUAUGUGUUACUGGGAAAAUGGAACCAAAGGCAAAGGAGGGAGGUAAUGAAGAACAAGGUGAAAAAGAAGAAUUUUUGUCAGUUAAGAGCUGUUUCUCAAUGUAUUCUUCAAGUGCAAAUGGGGAAGGAUUUUAUUCUGUGAAGACUAACCUUUCAAGAUGUUCAAGCUUGAAUGAGUUUGAUUUGUCGGAAUAUUGGAAGCGUUCUAUAAUUCAGGAGUUUUGUCAUUGUGAAGGAUGGCCUUUCGGUCUCUGUCGUAAAGCUGUGUUACUUCCACCACUGCCUAAGUCACCAUCUGAAUCAUGGUUGUAUCGUAAAAUACUAUCAAGUACCAAAGUUACUUGAAUUUUUAUGAAUGUACUUUAUUGUUUUCUCGUAUUCUGAUUAAAGCCAGAAAUGUAAGAAUCAGAACUGGUUGAACAUUAUUGAAUAAGGAAUAGCACAAGCUUUGAAAACA